CGGCCGUCGGGGACGAGAACCGGAUCGUGGGGGGCCACAGCUGCCAGAAGAAACGUCACCCCUACCAGGUGGUCCUCCUGGGUCCUCAGAAGAACAUCCACUGUGGUGGGGUCCUCAUCGGCAAGUCGUGGGUGCUGACGGCCGCCCACUGCGACACCAAGAG